AUGGCUGACCCAGAGAGUCAACACAAUAUAUAUUUAACAAAACUGUGUCGAAUUUGUCAGGAGCAUACUGCCUUUAGAAUAGACCUAAAAGGGGACAUUCCAACAGUCAACCCUAGAAAAAUUUGUUUAAAAUGCUACUCUUUAAUGAAAAAUGUGGAAACCAAAAAUACAACACCCAUAUUAAAUGUGAAAUCAUGGUUUCCACAUAAUCCAAGUGACUGUGACACUUGCAAAUUGGGGUCUAUUAAAUCAAGAGGUGGAAAAAAAACCAAAUCUAAAAGUGUGGAAAGACCACCGGAAGAUGGUAGUAUGUGGACACGACACAUGACUGAGGUGUUAUACGAAAAGACUCCGGCAGAUAUCAUACCAAAGAGAUACAGCAGAGAGGAUUUCUCUUGUAAUAAGUCACUGCCAGAACUAAUAUGCUCUUUGUGCAAGGAUAUUCUUAGAAGACCUGUAGGGAUAAUGCCUUGUGAGCACAACUUCUGCUUAGAAUGUUUGGUACCCAAUAUUGAAGGUAGGAGAGAAACGGACUGGAAAUGCCCUCAAUACAAACUGCUUAUAAAAAGCAACCAAAUUAAUCCAUCAAAAAAGAUACAAAAUCUCACAAAAAUGUUAUCGACCAAAUGUAAAAGAUAUGGUCAUUUAUUUAAUUUGGACGAAGAAAAAGAAAAAAAACAGCAUGAGGCAUGGUGCAUCAGUCAAUCUCCAACAAUCAAUGAUGCAAAAUCUGAUGAAGCAGUUUUGCAAAUCAUCAGGAAAAAAAUGGCCGAAUCAAAACUUCCAAAUAAAAGCAUUGUAUUCAAAACAGCUGGUAGAGCAAACACAGGUGUUGACAGAAAAGGUCUAUUCAUUAUAUUCUCCAUUCACAUACGACAUAUCGUUUCUCUGGAAACUAGUUAUGCUUUCUGGUGUUUCAAAAAUGACGUUUGUGUGAAAAAAUUUUCUGGGUGGAAUAUAAUGAAAGCUUGA